AUGGGGACACCCCAAGCCUAUGACCAUGCUGGGGGCUCCUGUGCUGUGGCCUGGCUGGACCAAGUGCCUGUGCUGGGGCACAGCCAGCACCAGGACACGGCUGGUGCUGGUGUCACCAGAGGCACUGGGGUCACCAGAGGUAUUGGGACAUGGCUGGCUCCUGAGUCACCGGAGGUGCUGGUGUCAUCAGAGGGCUGGGGGAUCAUCCAUGUUUGCCUCCCACGCCCAGGUGUCCAGAGCAGUGCCAAGCCGGACUCGCAGGCCAGCGAUGAUGAGGCUGUCAGUGAGGUGCUGAGUCACUACAGCAGUGCCAGCGAAGGUGCCAGCCUGGCCGAGGAGGGCACAGGGAGCGAGGCAGUGGAUGAACAAGCCCAGGAGGAGGAGGCGGAGGACAAGUUGAAGGAGUACAUGGACAGCAUCCUGGACAAGAGUGCCAAAACACGCCAGGUGGCCCUGCAGAACCUGCGGCUGGCCUUCUCCUCCAAAACCCUCUUUGAGUUCUUGCUGGAGCGUCGCCUCACACUCACUGACUCCCUGGAGAAGUGUCUCAAGAAAGGUAAAGGGGAGGAACAGGCACUGGCGGGCACCGUCCUCACCCUCCUCUGCCUCCAGAUGGGCUCUGGCCCCGAGGGCGAAGAGGUAUUUCGCAGCUUGAAGCCCCUGCUCGUCAGCAUCCUGACAGACAGCAUGGCCAGUCCUAUCGCCCGGCAGAGUUGUGCCACAGCCCUGGGCAUGUGUUGCUACAUUGCUGCUGCUGAUCUAGAGGACCUGGUGUCAUGUCUGUCCUGCUUAGAGGGCAUCUUCAACACCCCUGGUGUGGGUGAGGGCAGCUCAGUGCCCACGCAGCACGGUCCUCUGCACUGCAGUGCCCUCCAGUCAUGGUCCCUGCUCCUUACCAUCUGCCCCACCUCCCACAUCAAGAGUAUUUUGGACAAUCACUGGCUCAAGCUGCCCCUGCUGCUGUCCAGCAACAGCAUCGCACUGCGCAUCGUGGCUGGAGAAACCAUCGCGCUGGUCUUUGAGCUAGCCCAGGAUGUGGAGGAGGACUUAUGCCACCAGGACACCGAGUUCCUGCGUGCCCAGCUUAAAGUCCUGGCCACCGAGAGCAACAAGUACCGGGCCAAGACAGACCGGCGGAAGCAGCGCUCCAUCUUCCGAGACAUCCUGCAUUUCAUUGAGAGUGGGGAGUAUCAGGAGGAGACUAUCCGGUUUGGCCUGGAGUGUAUGUACGUGGACAGCUGGGCACGCCGGCGAACAUACCAAGCCUUCAAAGAGGUGCUGGGCUCUGGCAUCCGCCACCACCUCCAGAACAACGAGCUGUUACGGGAGAUCUUUGGCCUUGGGCCCCCCCUGGUGCUCGAUGCGGCUGCUCUGAAAGCCAGCAAGGUGUCCCGCUUUGAGAAGCACCUCUACAAUUCAGCUGCCUUCAAAGCUCGCACGAAAGCCCGGAGCCGGGUGCGGGACAAGCGGGCGGACGUGCUGUGAUGGGCAGAGCGGGGCAGUGUCCCCCAGCCCAUGUGGACUGCAGACCCAGCACUGUGAGGGGCAGGUGCCCCUGGCCUUCGGGCUUUUAUACAUGUACAGCAGAGUAUUUAAUGCCUGGUGCUGCCCCGCUGGGGGUUGCCCCCUCUUUUAUUUUUUUAACCAAAAAAAGAAGGAAAAGGUAAAAGAAAAAUGGAGGGAGAAGUUGGUGGGGUGCUGCUGCGUGCCUGCUCUGUGCCAAGGGGGACUGCCGCUCCAUGCAGUACAGUGGGAGGGGGUGUCACAGGGUUACCGAAGCCCACUUUGGGAGCAAGGUUUAUGGGGGGGCUCCCCCAUUUGUGCCCCCCUCCCUAGUCCUGCAUGGGAAUAGGGGAUGCCCAUCAUGGUCAGAAGGGCUGACUGGGGAGAGCCCAGUGCCAUGGCCCUGGGGGAGGAUAGGGCUGAGUUUCUCUGGGAAGGCAGUGGGGAGGGGUGCCUAGGCUGCCGCAGGCAAGCUGGGAGAGUUGAGCUUUCUGCCCUGCUCGGCAGAGCUGUUGGGUGGCUGGCCCAGCUGUCUGCCCACUGGUAUGCCUGUGGCAGGAGUGCUACCCCAGUGGGCUUAGCGCAUGCAGCUGGUAACAGCUUGGCACCCAAAGGUGGUGGCUGAGUGGCCCAGGUUCCUGGGGGCUGGUGGGUGCUCCCCAGCCCUGCCAGUUAACUGCUGUGAACCCUUUUCUAGCCAAAUGCUUUGUAUAGAAUAGCCCUUCUUUGGGGGGAAACAAAUUAUAGGUGGGGGUGGCGCAGCGGACACCUCCCUGCUCUGCCUCUGCCUCUGUUGGGGCCAGGCUGGGCACUGUUCCCUAGGGCACCUGUUCUGCCUGCCUUGGGCAGGGGCUUGCACAGGGCCCCAGCAUCAAGGGCUGCAGAGGGCAUGACUCCCCAAGCGGUAGGAGUGGGGUCAUGCCAGCUGGGAGUGCCUAACCACCCUGGAAUGUAUUUAAGGUGGUGAUUUUAUAAGACUUGGAUUACUGGCGGUAAUUAAAAGGCUGAUCGGAGGGUGCCCACUGCCUUAUUUUGAAGAGGAAGAAGGGCUGUCACCAGGGCUGAUGCUCCCUUGUGUGUCCAUCCCUGUGGACUGUGCCAUCCCCUUUGCAACUCUGGGGCUCUUGCCUGUCCUUACAGGUCCUUCCCUUGCUUUGGCAUCCUGUGGCAGGGGCCAUAGUUACCCCCACCCUGCCCCUUGUGCCCCUAUUUGGGGAGAUGCUGCCAGGUAUGAGCAGAGUGGGGUAGUAAAUAGUGGGGGUCAGCAUGGCAGGGCUGCCAGCUCCCUUCCCCUGCAGUUUGGUGCCCCUUGCCUCAUGUGGGCCGUGCUGGGCUCCAUGGGGCUCGCAGUC